AUGAAUUCUGGGUAUGGUGGAAGUGGAUCAGGCGAUGAACGGACUUCAAACUCUCGGAGGGGUAAGAAACCAUGCCGUCGACACUCAACACAACAAAUACAACAGCUUGAAACGUUCUUUAAGGAAUGUCCAAAACCAGAUGAGAAUCAGAGGCGACAAUUGUGUAGCGAACUAGCACUCGAUCCCAAUCAGAUAAAAUUUUGGUUUCAAAAUAAAAGAACUCAGAUGAAGGCUCAACAAGAGAGAGCAGACAACAGCACCCUUCGAUCUGAAAAUGAAAGAUUGCACUGUGAGAAUUCAGCAAUGAAAGAGGCACUUAAUAACGUCAUCUGCCCGACUUGUGUUGGUCCACGUCUUGGCCAAGAAGUGAGGCAACAUAAUCUACUGAAAUUAAGAAUGGAAAAUGCAUUAUUGAAAGAGGAGGUAAUUGUUCCCCCUUUUUAUAAAAAGAAUCAACGGCUACCUAGGUCGGGGAGGAGAGGUGAACUCAUUUUUGUUACAUUUUACAGCAUGCACGGAUGCUUAACGCAUACUCCAGCUUCAUGGGGAAUUGAUGGCGUACAAAUAUUGGCCUUAAAUUAUGUGGAAGGACGGGACGAGCUCAUACACCAGUGCACAGCAAUAUAA